CCUCAUCCGUUUCUUCCUUCCUUGCUAGGGAGUCCCCUCCCCAAUCCAAAACCUCUCUCUCUCUCGCCACCAGCCAGCCUCCCAUGGCCACGGCGGCCACCCCCCUCGCCUUCCGCCUCCCUUUCCCCUCCGCAUUCCGCCCGUCUUCUCCCAGAACCCUAGCCCCUCCCACGCCGCGCCGCCUCCCUCUACGCCUCGCCGCUGCAGCCGCGCGCCGCUUCCGCCCGCCUACCGCGGACGACGAGCCCCCCGAGGCCGCCGAGGACUCGUCCCACGGACUCACACGCUACGACCAGCUCGAGCGCAACGUCGAGCGUGCGCGCCGCCGGCAGCAGGACUCCCAGCCUGAGAUCACCCCCGACCACCCCCUCUUCUCGUCCCCCUCCUCGGCCGGCGGCGGCGGCGGCGGCGGCGGUAGCUACGACCCCGACGACGAGUUUUUCGAUGAGAUCGACCGCGCCAUCGCCGAGAAGCGGGAGGAGUUCACGCGGCGCGGGCUCAUCAAGCCGUCCCCUGCUCCGCUGUCGGAGUCGCAGCCCGAGGACGAGGGCCUCGCCGACGAGCUCUCCCCCGAGGAGGUAAUCGAUCUCGACGAGAUUCGGAAGCUGCAGGGACUCAGCGUUGUGUCCGUGGCGGACGAGGAGGCGGAGGGGGGCGAGCAGGAGGAGGACGGUGAUGAUGGAUUGCCGCUCGAUGAGGAUGGGGAAGGAUUCGAUGUGGCCGAGGAGCUCGGCCUCGAGGGGACCAGGAUGCGGCAGCCGGCCUUUCGGAUGACGCUGGCCGAGCUCCUCGACGAGAGCAAGCUCGUCCCGGUGGCCGUGACGGGCGAUCAGGACGUCGCGCUCGCGGGGGUGCAGCGGGACGCCAGCCUGGUGGCCGCGGGCGACCUCUUCGUGUGCGUGGGAGAGGACGGACUCGAGGGGCUCACCGAGGCCGACAAGCGCGGUGCCGUCGCCGUGGUGGCCGAUCAGGACGUCAACAUCGAGGGCACCCUGGCCUGCCGUGCGCUGGUCAUUGUGGAUGACAUCGCGGCCGCGCUCCGUGUGCUGCCUGCCUGCCUCUACAGGCGGCCGUCGACGGACAUGGCCGUGAUCGGUGUCACCGGCACGGAUGGUGUCACUACAACAACUCACCUCGUCAAAGCAACGUACGAGGCCAUGGGGGCGAGGACUGGCAUGGUGGGCGUUCUUGGGGCCUAUGCCUUCGGUAGCAACAAGCUGGAUGCGCGACCCAAUGCAUCUGGUGACCCCAUUGCAGUGCAGAAGCUGAUGGCAACAAUGCUGCACAAUGGCGCUGAGGCGGUUGUGUUGGAGACAGCCACUGAUGGGAUGCCUCCAUCAGGUAUGGACAGCGAGAUAGAUUAUGAUAUCGCCGUGUUGACUAAUGUAAGGCACGCUGAUGGGGAGGAUGGCAUGACCUAUGAGGAGUACAUGAGCAGCAUGUCCUCUCUGUUCUCCAGAAUGGUGGACCCUGAGCGUCAUCGUAAGGUGGUGAACAUUGAUGAUCCAAGCGCCCCAUUCUUUGCUGCACAAGGGGGGCGUGAUGUCCCUGUGGUGACAUAUUCGUUUGAGAACAAGAAGGCUGACGUGCACACCCUCAAAUACCAACUUUCCCUGUUUGAGACGGAGGUUCUGGUACAGACGCCACAUGGGAUCCUCGAGAUCUCCUCGGGGCUACUUGGAAAGGAUAACAUCUACAGCAUCCUUGCAACUGUAGCAGUUGGCAUUGCAGUGGGCGCGCCACUGGAGGACAUAGUGAGGGGCAUAGAAGAGGUGGAUGCUAUCCCAGGCCGGUGUGAGCUAAUUGACGAGGAGCAAGCGUUUGGGGUGAUCGUUGAUCACGCGAGGACGCCGGAAGCUUUGUCAAGGCUUCUGGAUGGUGUAAGGGAGCUGGGCCCACGCCGAAUCGUCACGGUUGUUGGAUGUUGCGGUGAAAAAGAAAGAGGGAAGAGGCCGGUGAUGACAAAGAUUGCUGCUGAAAAAAGCGAUGUUGUCAUGUUGACAUCUGACAAUCCAGCAAAUGAAGAUCCCCUGGAUAUCCUGGAUGAUAUGUUGGCGGGCAUAGGGUGGACCAUGGAAGAAUACUUGAAAUAUGGUGCUAAUGAUUAUUAUCCACCCCUUCCAAAUGGCCAUAGGCUCUUCUUACAUGAUAUUAGAAGAGUUGCAGUGCGAGCUGCUGUUGCGAUGGGUGAACAAGGCGACGUGGUUGUUAUCACUGGCAAAGGGAACGAUACUUACCAGAUUGAAGGCGAUAAAAGUGAGUUUUUUGAUGACAGGGAAGAGUGCCGAGAAGCAUUACAGUAUGUUGAUCAAUUGCAUCGAGCUGGAAUAGACACCUCAGAGUUCCCUUGGCGGUUACCGGAAAGCCACUGAUUUUGAAUUAUUCAAUAUAAUCGAGUUUUAUUUACUCAAGGAGCAGCAUCAGACUCCCAAUUUUACUAGCAUGUUCUUUUCAAAGAUAGGCUAUCCGAGUCCUGCAACGAAUUUACUCAUGCAAGUGUUGAGCUUUCUAACCAAAGUGCUAAGUGCUAACAAACAACUAGCUCAUCAGUGAUACUGCCAUACUGGUAAGUAGACAACCAGAAGGUCCUUGGAACUUUCUAUCCAGUAAAUGCUGUACUGGUUCAUGCUAGUAAACGAGGUUGCUGUGAUAGUGGAUUGGUGAAGCUUCCUGGUGUCAAAACAGAGUGUAAGGGGCUAAGGGCUUUCUGGUGUUAGAAGUCAAAACUGGUUGCCCCAUGGCAGUGAGUGUAAGAUCUUUUGGAAGUUAUCUUUUCUGUUAUCACACCAUUUAGAUUGAGUUUCAGAGAAUGUUCUUUUAGUUGACAGUUCAUCUAGAUUCUUUUCUUUUUAGUUGACAGUUCAUCUAAAUUCUUCAUAGCUAAUAGCUAGCAUUCUCUUUACUGAAUCCAAUUUUAACGGUGAUCUAUUUUGAUCUCAGGUAGAGCUUUCAGCUCCUAAUAGCUUUUAUUUUUAUUCUGUGCCUCCCUUUCAUGCUACAUUAUUGAGUCAGCUGCAUGCUUAAUAUAAGAUCAUGAAUGGGUCCUAGACUCCUAGUGCCUGUGUGUUUAAUAUGCACCAGCCAUAUGUCAUAUUGUGAUUGUGCCAUAUCACAGUGUUGUUUAUUCUCGUAAUAACAAAACAAGGUCUAUGCUGCAUCUCGGAAGAUCAGCGCCACGCAGUAUCUGGACUAUUUCUAUCCUAUUACAGUAACAGCUGGCCUUUUAAUUGGGUAAAUGUUUUGUGUUGAAGUUUCAGUGAUAUGAUAAUGUUUGUUUAUUGCUUGCUACUUAUCUAUGUGCACUGAGCCUCUGCUUUUUUUAUCAGGCAUAUGUAGCAAAUCUGCCUAACUUUUAAGAUCACACAAGAUGGAUGUUCUGCUAUUCUACUUGUAGAAUAUUUCUGUAAUUCAAUCUUUUAAUGCCAGAUAUUCCAAUGUGUCCAUCUUGUACUUGUACCGGUAUUUGCUUUCAGUUUUGCGUGUUGAUUUUCCUAUUUUCUAGCUUCUUGCCGUGCACUCUGGUCCCGAUCAGUUGAAACUUGAACCAGCAAAAUAUUACAUAGAUGACUAGAUGAGUCAGUCAACUGCACAAGGCAUUAACAAAUAUUGGUCUGAUGUGACAAGUGAUCACACUGCGUUCAGAACUGCAGGUAGCCAGGGAAGUUCCCUCCGUGUCUCUGUAUGUCACUGUUGCGUGACGUUGGCUUCCUCCUCAUAUGGUGUCAGUAUCUCCCGCGUCCGAAGUCUCAUGUGCCUUGUACAAGUCCAUCUGCGUCAAUAGGAGGCUCAAGGGUGCUGAUAUCUUUCAUCCACCUCCUUUGCUCUUUUACCUUUUCUUCCUUUGAGAAAAAUAAAAAAUUAGAUAACAUACAUAAGCAUAUUUGUUAAAAUAGACAACAUGUUAUCGUAUUUACAAAUUUAGCAUCCUCAUUCGGCGUAUCAUUUACCGAAAAUGGAUUUUUAGUACACCGUAUGCCGAAAAACCUAUAUUCGGCACACGGUGUGCCGAAUAUGACUGUGUGCCGAAUUAGUGACCGUACGGCAGGCAAAUGCUAUAUUCGGCACACCGUGUGCUGAAUACGGCAGUGUAGCUCAUGUUUGGUACACGGUGUGCCGAAUACAGUUGAUAUUUGGCACAUAAUGUGCCGAAUAUAGGUUAUAGUGUCAUAUUCGGCAUACGGUGCUGAAUAUGACCAGUCCUACGGUUUUUCGGCGUACGGUGUAUCGAAAUUCUAUUUUCGGUAAAUGAUGUGCCGAAUACGAAUGUUAAAAUUGUAAAUACGAUAACAUAUUGUUUAUUUCAGCAAAUACGCUCGUAUAUGUUGUCUAAUUUUGAAUUUUUUUUUUGCCUUCUUUGCUCUUUUUCCUCUCCUUUUUGUCUCUCCUCCUACACCACCUUCUCUCCCUAAAGGAGCUGCAUGCUGGUAGGGGGUUGCUGCAGCCCCCCAGCACCCCCUGGAUCUGCCCCUGAUCUGCGUGUUGCUUAUGCUACCACACAAGGAGUUCUUCUAGGCCGAUCCGGCAAGGCGAACUCUGCGAAGAAGAUGGCGGCGGCCACGGAGAAGGUAUUCGUCACGUUGCCGGCGGAGUUCAAGGCGGGGCAGUCCACGCUGUCGUGGGCUCUCAGCCAUUUCGGCGGCAGCGGAGCCAUGAUCGUGAUCACGCAUGUGCAUGUUCCGCCGAAGAUGAUUCCAGUGAUGGGAAUCAAAUUUCAUGAAAGUAAACUAAGUCCGGAGCAAGUGAACUUGUUCAGAAGGAUUGAGCGUGAAAAGGUGAAUAAACUGUCAGACGACUACGUCCACCAAUGCUUGAAUGAAGGUUUCAAACAGAACAAGAUCGCUGAUAGGUCCCCAUUGGCUGUAAAUUUCUGGUAAAAUGUGAGAAACUAGUUUUUGAGAAGGAAGAUGUUGCAGCCGGUCUGGUUGAACUUAUUCUCUUGCAUAGAGUUGCUAAGCUAGUAAUUUCAGCCGCUGCAGACAAGCACUACUCAAG